UGGAUUUCCGAGUUGUAUGAGCAUUAAAACGAUUUUACCAGCUGGAGUUAUUUUCCACCCGUUUUUUCGAGUUCCCAGUUGAUUUGAAUGCGGCAUAAAGAACGAUCGUAGACUGUCCACAGAUAGGGCUCAUUUGUCUCCGCUGUGCAAGGAACAGGAAGUGGUCAUGGGUAGACGGGAUCCAACUUUUGUCUUUGCUAGAAGGGUCCAAUAUUUGUCAAAUUAACUUCAAAUUUGACUUUUCGUUUUACGCUUCGAACACACCGACUGUGUUUUGCGUUUUGAUUCAUCAGAAGUACAUUCAUUUCCAAUGGAACCUUGCGUUUGCCUUGCAGCAUGGAUUUAUCGAACGUAUGCAUCAAAUUGUAUGCGUGGACUUACUUGACCGAAAGCAGCAAAAUGUGAAUGUUGAAUUUUUGAUGCACACAUAUCCAGUAAACAAAUGUGGGAUAACAUAAUAAAGACAGUUUGACUAGAAUUUCUUUAAAUGUUUUAUUCAUUUAUUUGCCAAGUAUAUAAUUUUUUCGAUGACAUCCACAAAUUAAUUAUGAGAGCCUAUAAUAUAAUUUCCCGAAAUUAUUGCGAAAUGCAAUAAUAAAUAGUCAACAAUGAGACCAACGUUGAGGAAGUUGGUCUUGAUCGCGCCUGUUGGGUCGGGACCAGCCCCGCCGAAAGCAGAGGUCUAGAGAUGGUUAAAGUCCCGAAAGCAGGCAGGGGAGUUCCACGGUCUCAUUCAAGAGCUUCGACUGUUUGGAGAGGAAUUUCGUCAGGACCGAAGCCAGGUCGAUCACCUGCUCCAGAUGGUUGGAGCCAGGAUCGCCCGGGAGUCCAUCAGCCCAGUUGAACGCCUGACGAUUUGUCUCCGAUUCUUGUCGACAGGGGACUCCUACAGUACCAGUGGAUUCAGCUUCCGAGUUGGACGGUCCCCGGUGGCAGGCAUUGUCCCCUCUGUAGCACAAGCCAUUUGGGACUGUCUGGUUGGUGAAUACAUGCCUGUCCCCAAGGAGGAAGACUGGAGGGCCAUCGCUGCUGAGUUCCUGGAGAGGUGGAAUUUCCCCAACUGUCUUGGCUCCAUUGACGGGAAACAUGUAGUAAUCCAGGCUCCACCGUGCUCGGGUUCGCAAUUCUACAACUACAAGGGUACAUAUUCAGUUGUACUCUUGGCUGUAGUAGAUGCAAUCUACUAUUUCUGUGUUGUCGAUGUUGGUGCUUACGGCAAGGGAAGGGAUGGCGGGACCCUCCGGGACUCUGCCUUCGGCCAGGCACUUCAGGAUGGCACCCUGGAGAUUCCACCAUCACUCACUGGGGCUGAAGACCUGGGACCUGUUCCCCACGUCUUCGUCGAUGACAAGGCCUUCCCUUUGAGACCCAACCUCAUGAGGCCCUACACUGGACGCCAGCUGCCAUUGCCAAAGCCUGUAAGGAUCUUUAACAAACGACUGUCCGGGGCAAGGUUAGUUGUUGAAUGCACCUUUGGGAUUCUGGCAGCCCGGUGGAGAAUGUAUUGGAGAGUGCUUGGUCUCAUCCUCUCAAAUGUCAAUGCCUGCGUGAAGGCCACAUGUGUUGUCUACAACUACCUGCGGAGGUCAUUUCAGGAGCCGUUUGGGAUGGAGAUGGGAACGCCAAAUGGUCACCUACCUGAUGUCUAACAACGCCCCUAGACAGGAACUCCAGAUGGUCAAAUGCGGUUGGACACAUGGAGGAGAUAAUCAUUUUCUCAGUAUCCUCAAAACCGUGUCUUUUUGACACAACUGCUGAGCGCUACGGGGACAUAAACACAACAAAAUGCUGCUUGGAGACAAGUGUCCAUGAUAGUAGGAUUGCCAGGUCAGUUGAGUAGUGAGCUUGUGCUAGAUGUGGCUAGUUAGCUAGCUAGCUAACCUAGCCAAUUUUCUUUUGUGUGUGUGUGUGUGUGUAAGAAAUAGUCAAAUCCAUUAUGCUAGUUACUACCCCUGAUAACAUUACCAAAUAAUCAUGUUUGAAAGAGUGUGAGUGUGUAUGUCAGAUAAAUAGUAAUAGAGAUGGUAGAUACAACCACCGCUGAUAAUUUGGUCAGAUAACCGUGUGUCUAUGUGUACAGUAGGUGACAUGUCCAUGAUAGCUAUCUAAUAACUAUAGUUAUGCUAGAUAAUGGUUUGGCUUAUCAUGUUCAUGUCUAUGUAGAAGAAGACUGUAGGAGUAAGUGGAGAGGACUCCGGGACAGGUAUCAGAGAGAGAGAAGGGCAGAGAAAGAGAAGAAGAGGUCUGUGUCAGCAGCUUCAGGCCAGCAGCCUUGGCACUUCUGCCACAUUCUUUCUUUUCUGGAUCCAUUUAUUGUGCCUCGGGCAACGAGUGGCAAUUUUACAGCCAGACCCUCUACUACAUCAUCCACAAGUGUUGUCGCCACCGGUGCAUCAAGACCCUCAACGUCACCUACAAGUGUGACCACCGCCUCCACCGGUGCAGCGAGACCCUCUACAACGUCUACAUCAUCCACAAGUAUGACCACCACCGGUGCAGCCAUGGAAGAUGAUGAAAUGGAGGAAGCACCUCUGGAUCUACGACCACCUGAGAUUAUUAUGAACCUCACGGAGGUGACCACUGAGGACCUUGUUGAACAGGAUGUGGCCAUGGAGAGAAACAGAGAGAGAAACGAAGAGGAACAACGUCGCCCUACCAGGCGUCAUCGGCGGUACUAGCCCCCCAGAUCCACUCAACUCAUUUCAGCAGAGGCUCCUCCAAGCCGUCGAGAGGGAUGCUGCCCAACCUGAUGCUCACAGGUAGGAGGAUGAAGAGACCCUCUUUGCCAUGAGCCUGGUGCCAACACAGAAGAGGCUGCCUCAGCAAAGAAAAGCAACAGUCAAGGAUAAAAUGUAUCAGCUGCUUUUCGAAGCCGAGUUCAAUGGUACGUUUUUUUCUCCCCACAUCACAGGUAGUGUCAUAAGUGUUGCGACAGUGAAGUAAAGUAGGUCAUUUUUACAGUAUAGUCAUGUAGGCUAAUUGGUAUUUCAGAUCAAAGUAUUAAUGAGGCAAAUGUAUAGCUGUUGUUUCAGGGUUAGAAAAUAUCCUAAAACAACAGUUUGCUGUCUAAAUAUUUGCAUGUCAUAUCUUUUUGAUCUGAAAUACAAAUUCCAUGAGUAAACAGCAAGUAUUACGAACUUUACCACACUGUUCCAAUAUUUAUGCCACUAACUACACAAUCAGUAUUUAGUUAACAUAAAUCUCACCUUUUUUGGUGUUAUAUUAUGUUAAGCUUGAAUGUGUUGUUUUUCUCUUCCCUAUAAGAAAUGGAGUCAAUUUAGCUGACCAGCUCACAGGAAGGACAGGAGAGAAGAGAUGUCUGGUUGUUGUUUUGACCUCCCUCAUUGUACCUUUCUUUUCACACACGUCAGUUCCGUUUAAAUUCAGUCAAUUCAUAAAGUAAUUUGUUUAUAAAGUCUUAGGAUAGCAUCCAUUAUUAGUGUUACAUAGAUUUCUGAAUUGACAGAUUUGAAACUCAUACACCGGAGAAUUCACAGAUGCUCUUGUUGGUCUCUUACAAGACUAAUGGUGAAUAUAUUUCUUUAAUUUAAAACCACUUGAAAACCAGGAUGUUGAACCUGUUUGUGAAGUUAUGUUCCAUCGACUGGGGCCAUUUGUUUGUUUAGCUAUGUUAUGGUUACACAUUAUUUUAAUUUUUUUCAGAGACGGAGACACACACACGCCUCUCCUCCACUCCUCUCUGUACCUCACAUCUCCAGUGCCCUGCCCCCUCUCUCUUUAUGGCCAUGUCUGAAGUUCCCCUACUAUGUCUAGGCUUAAUGAGUAGUCCCUGUAUCGGUCUGCAGUUGUACUCUUGUUGUUCUCUUACAGAUUACAGGCUUCACAUUAAUUUUUUAAAUUGUUUUAAACAUACACCUCUUUCAAUAGUUACAUUUAAAAAUAAAAAUAAACAUUUUUACAACACACAUACCUGUCAUGUUCUUUCCUGUACUUGAAUACUUAUUAAAUUAUGUUUCCAAA